AUGCCGCGCAAGCUCCUUCCAGCCCCCUCAGCCCAAGAGGCAGAUGCUGAUGGUGACAUGGAGAUGGGCUACUCUGACCCCACGCGUCAAGAUGCACGAGAUACCAGCAUUGGCCCCACCAACCAUGAUGGCGACAAAAAUCGAGUUGUGCCCAGGCCCACUGGCCAUAGCCUUAUCAACAUUGUUGAGAACACGCCGCAGGACAUCGAUCAGCUUGUCAUUCGCCAACUGACAGAGGACUUGAGCGCGUACCGUUACGACUUGGACUUCUGCCGUGCCCAGCUGGACCCUGAUAUGGUCGGAGGCAUCACCCCUCACGAGGUCCGCACAUUUCAGCUGCGUAUCCUCGACCUUGGUCACCAGAUGCGCAUGCUUCAGCACCGCAUCCAGCUAAUGCAGGCUGGCAUGAACAAUGCGCGUCAUGUCGCUAGUAUGACCGGUAAGGCCGGUACUAUGACGGCCAGCGCAUAUUACGGCGCCUGGCCUCCUGGCACAAACUCUCAGCCCGAUGUCUACAAUGGUGGUGGUGCAGCCGCCGCUCGAGGCCAGUACGGUGGUGGCACUCCCAUUUCGUCAAUUCAGUCUUCAACUGCAGGCUACGGUGGUUAUCCAGAUGGCCCUCAGGAGCGACGUGGCCCUGGCCGUCCUCCUGGUUCCAAGAAUCGGCCCCGACCUUUUGGCGAGUUCACGCCCUCGUCUUCACUUACUGCAAAUGGUUCUGCCAAGGCUGCUGCGCUGGCCAGCGCUGGUGCCAAGCGCAUGCUGCCUGAUGAGAUACGUGUCGCGACUCCUGAUCGUGAUGCCUCUACUCCUGGCGUGGAUGGCCGCGCUACCAGCGAGAUACCUGCUGCCAAGCGACCCCGCCACGAUGUUCGGGUCGGCUCUCCGUUGAGCCACACCACCGAGGAUGACAAUGCUGCUCCUACCAUCAGCAAGCUCUACAAAACCAGCUCGGCUGCUGGCAAAUCCACUUUAAAGAAUACUGCUGAGGACGAACGUGAGGACUCGAGUGCCUCCGCCGGCCCAUCCAUCGCCGUUGGCAGCAACACUAAGAAGACGAACACCUUUCUUGCCGCCAACUCGACUGCAACCCCCUCGACGCCUGUUGAGAAACCCAGUGCUGCCCACCCGCGUGUCACGUCCCCACCCUCUUCUAGUCCUGCGGUUGCAGGCUCUGGCCCACGUGGCGAUACCUUUCAACGCCUCGGCCACUGGAUGUGCACGCUCUGCACAUCCCAAAAGUAUUUACAGCAACCUGCACCCAAGCAGCCAUCGGAACCCUCGUCGUGGCCGCUGCGGGAUAUUAGCAAGAUGGUAACGCACCUGACGCGUAUGCACACUGAGCACAGCAAUACCGAGCGUUGUAUGGAGCUGGGCAGCGCGCUGGACCAGAACCGUGGUCCCUUCAAGUACUGGAUCAGGAUCACAAAGAAGGAGCGCUUGACAGACGAGGAAUUGGAUGCAAUCAUAACCGAGCUGAUUGGUGGUAACCUCCCUGACACACUGCGCCGCCUGAGCAGCGCUGCUGCCGCCUUUCCCAAGUAG